AAAUCAUAUCAAUGCAAUGAUGACGAAUUUGUUGUGGACAAUCGUUGCUUUAAGCUGUUUGGCAUUAAUGAUAGUUUUUCUCUUGAUGUUUGCCAAGAAGGAUACACAUUGCAUGUCAUACAAAACCUGGAUGAACUAAAGUGGAUUUCUGUUAUUUUGUCACCGAUUGCUUGGGAAGUAUGGAUCGGAAAUGAUGAAGAUAGUUCAUCAUUUUUGCGAGCUUCUUGUAAUUUUUCUAUCGAGAAGAUUAAAUUGCGUUUGGGUAAAGACGGCUUUCCCGACCUUUCGCUAAGAGGAUCACCCAUUUGCGAGGAUCCCGAAGUCCGUCUUCCCCAUCUUUGUUCAAGACCAGCACAAGCGUAUGAAGAUGCAGUGCGAGAUAUGAUCCAGAAUACUGCAAACUUGGGAGUUAAAGUCGAUCAAACGAAAGAUCGAUUUGGUGGAUUGCGAGCAUUUUCUUAUCAUCCGAUUAUGGUAGCAGUGAGAGGGAUAGGAAAGUUCAGGUCUAAUCCGGCUACACUCCAUGAAUUGUGCAGUAUGCUUCCCAACGGAUACGUCUCCUCCAUACAUGAUUUCUACAAUGAGGAUGUAUAUAAGAAGUUUCGCGCAAAAAAUAUGCCAGAAGGAAGUUAUCGC